AAUUUAAAAUUUAUGAGUUAAACGAGAGAGAACAUAUGUAAUUUGUAAAUGAUAAAUUUAUUUGUAUUUAAUAUUUCCGCGAAGCGGAAAUAGGUUUCCAUAUAUUUUUAAAGCAGCAAAUCGGUUCAGGAGAACAAAUAGGCAUUAAAAAAGGAAACGUUAUUAAAACCGGCGACUCUCGAAAGUUUUAUAUUCAAAUAGAAAGUUAAUAUAUCUGCAGGCUCCGUUUAUUUAUCGGCGCGGCUUGAUAUUAAUGUCCGCCUGUUAACGUGCGCCGAAUGUUGAUGCAUGAAUUCGCGGCAUAAUUAUCCCGAAUUUCUGCGCAAGGAAUACAACAUUUUCAUUUAUGGCGCUAAUUUGCAUGCAUUAUGAUUGUGUCGCGCUCGCAGUUGUUAUCUGUAUAACACGAGGAAAUUGGAUAUAUAACGCAUUCAUAAACCCGCAUGUUAAACAUGAUCUAUUGACUUUCAUCACGCAUCAGUAGGUAUCGAGCGAGCCGAAUGAACGAGGAAAGAGAGAGAAGAGUAGAGUGUACGUCUAUUUUAAUAAUGCCCCGCGCCCCACCAAGAUAUUAUUAAGCGCUAAUUAAAUUUACCGUAAUGACAGCGUGUUUUUUUUUGCAAAUUCGGCUGCCUCGCUCCGAGCAUGUUUGAAGUCUACAAUAGAUGAAACUGGAGACUCGCGAGCCUUUCUUAUAUCAAGGCAUCAAAGAUAAUGUUUCUCGGUAAAUUGCAAGGCAUGGAGUUAGGCGCACCGAGAGUUAUCCCUUUUCACUUUUAAAGCAUGGAAAUGGCCCCGCACGUACGUAGUGUCUCGAAUUAAUUCCUCCUCUCUUCCAUAGAUUCCAACAUCCGUCUAGUCUAAUUUCUUCGCGACAUCAUAUCGCGAAUUGGGAAACAUGCGCGGCAUAUUACAAUGGCUCGAUCAUGGCUAGGAUGUCUGUUCGGCGUCUUAGUACCGUCCGUGGUCUUUUAUUUGUACCUGCUGUUGAACGUCCCCUCCGCGGAGAUAGGCAAAUCGAGCGUCGGAGGGAAGUGGCGAUCGUUAUCGAUGGGGGCGGAGAGGUCGGAUUUGCGGGCGGAAGAUCGGUCGCAGUUAAAAAACAAUUUCGAGGUAAAAGCGCUCGUAAACCUUAUUCUUUCAUCAGCGCCCGGCCACGUACAACAACGCGGCGAAAUGAUGUUCUACAUUUUCAAGGUGAAAUGCGACACGGUACACGUAGCCAUGGUGUGCGCCGGAUACAAUUCAACCUUCGCCCUCGUAACCGUAGUGAAGUCCAUUCUGUUUUAUCGCACGAAUCCGUUGCAUUUUCAUUUGCUCGUCGACGAAAUUGCAAGGAAAACCCUUUCGACCCUGUUCCGAACGUGGGAUUUGCCACAUGUAAACGUAACGUUCUACGAGGCUGAGAUUUGGGUGCCGAGGGUCUCGUGGAUACCGAACAAGCACUAUUCGGGGGUGUAUGGUCUCUUGAAGUUAAUCCUGCCGGACGCGAUGCGCGAGGACAAAGUGCUCGUGCUGGACACGGACGUGACCGUCCUGACCGAUAUGUACCCGUUGUGGCGGAUGUUCGAGGGAUUCUCGGCCUGGCAGACCCUGGGCCUGGUCGAGAACCAGAGCAACUGGUACGUGAAGGCGUUAUCGUACGGCCAGCGGCCGUGGCCGGCUCUGGGCCGCGGAUUCAACACCGGCGUGAUGCUGAUGCACCUGCGACGUUUACGGGACGAAGGGUUCGCGAGGUCCUGGGAGAGCGUGACGAGACGGGUGUUGGGAUACAUACCGGAGACCAGCUUGGCCGAUCAGGACGUGAUAAACGCGGUGAUCAACGAGCGGCCGAGUAUCGUGUACAAGAUAGAGUGUACCUGGAAUAUACAGCUGAGCGAUCACACGAUAAGUGACACGUGCUAUCGCGACACGAAUCGCAUAAACAUUCUCCAUUGGAAUUCUCCGCGAAAGCAAGACGUUCACAAUAAGCACGUUAACGAGUUUCGAAAACUGCACCGGGUCUUCCUCGAGAUGGACGGCAAUCUAUUGCGAAAGCGCUUAUUCGGCUGCGACAAGCACGACAGCGCGCUUUCAUACAACGAGUCGAGCCCGUGUCGAGAAUUCGAAAAAGGCGCUGCCAUUUUGUACCGUACGCAUCCUUUCCUUCUCGAGUACGAAUACAACGUGUACUCGCCGACGGAUGUUGCUUUAGUCACUCAAUGCAGCGUCGAAAGGAUACCGCUAUUGGAAGCGCUAUCGAAACACUGGCCGGGGACUAUAAGCGUCGUGCUUUACUUAACCGAUGCGGAGGUCCAGAAUUUCCUGGACUUCGUACGAGGCUCCGCGGAUUUGCGUACGAGAAGGAACAUCGCUUAUCACGUCGUGUACAAAGACGGGGAUCUUUACCCUAUCAAUUAUUUAAGAAACACUGCGAUAUCAUACGUACCAACUCCAUUCGUCUUCCAACUUGACGUCGACUUUUUGCCGCAAUUUGGUCUGUAUGAAAAUAUCAUGAACUACAUCAAUCGAUUAAAUAUCAACGAAAGGGACAAAGUAGCUCUGAUCGUGCCAGCAUUCGAAACCGAACGCUAUAGGUUCACGUUCCCCGCCAACAAGGAGGAACUACUGAAAUUUCUUAAACGCGGUAUUUUGUACACGUUUCGCUAUCACGUUUGGACACAAGGACACGCUGCCACGAAUUACAGCUUUUGGCGAAAUAGCACGGAGCCUUACCAAGUUUCAUGGGAGCCGGAUUUCGAACCUUACAUAGUAGUUUCGAAAUCCGCUCCGCAAUACGACACCAGAUUUGUCGGAUUUGGUUGGAAUAAAGUUUCCUACGUGACCCAUUUAACGGCACUAGAUUAUAAAUACAUCGUUUUACCGGAUACCUUUAUUAUUCAUCGACCUCAUGCUCCUAGUUUAGACAUCGGCAAAUUUAGAACAGAUUCUGUUUACAGAAGAUGUCUUAAAAAAUUGAAGGAUGAAUUUGUCGAAGAGCUGGUGGCGAAAUACGGUGAGACUGCACUGUCGAAACUAAAGAAAGAGACCAAAGAAGAGAAAACUUAAGAAAUUAUAUAAUUUUAACAUUUUAAGAUAAGAACUCAUUAUAUACAUAUUUGUACUGAUUACCUGUGUAGUAUGAGAAUAAUUAUGAAAAAUCUGUAUUGCAGCUAUUUUCUUAACAAAAAUAUACAUCCUUUUAAAUAAAACAUGCGUUAUUUAUUUAUCAAUUCCAAAUAACAACAAUAAAGAUAUCUGAAAAACAGGUGGUAAAAAUGGAUCAGAUUUGGGGUCGGGAAAUAUUUAUUAAAAUUUAACCCAUAUAUUUAGUGGAGUGUACAGAGUGGUGCUUUCAGUACAUUAUUGUAAUAUUACAAUCACACUAAAUAUUUCAUUUAUAAAAUAUGUAUAAUAUUUACAGCGCCAGUAUGUUAAUACAUUGUACAUAUGAAUCAUAAUCGCGGCCGAAAAUUUAUAUUUAAACCACUGAAAAUUGAGACAUUCAUUACAAGGCAAGGUAUCUUUUUCAUAAAUAAUUACAGUAAUGACGACAAUAAUGGCGGUAUUAGUAACUGUAUAGCGUAAAUAUAAUCAUCAUAGCAAUACCUUAAAAAAUAAAAUAAUAUUAAUAAAAUAAAAAUAAUAU